UUGAUUUUGUGGAGAAUGGAUUUGGGUUGUUUUGAUAUGGGUUGUAUUGAAAAGAAGCCGGCGAACGACAAUUUUUCUAAUUCAGAGAACAGUCCCACCGCCGCUUCCAGAGUCGGAAAGACUAAGGCAACGAAAGAAAGUGGCCAGUCAAGUUUAGUUUCUUUAAACAAAUCUGGAUCACAAAUUAGAAAGCCUCCUCAUCGCAAAACUUCGCCUCUGAAUUGGUUCCCUCGCAAGAAAGUGGAUUCCUAUUUGAAGAGGAAAAUAAAAAUGCUCCAGGAAGUGGAUGGUAUGAACUCAACUCUUGAUGAGACUUUGGGGGAUGCAAAUCCCCACUAUUGUAGAGUUUUGAGAGAAAAAAUUGCAGUAAGAGAAGCUGCUCAAAGAGCUGUGGAAGCUCGGAAGGCUGCACUUGUUGAAGCAUCAUGGUGCCGAAUACUUCAAGCCUCAAGGAUUGAUUGUAAAGAAGCAGAACAAUUGCUGAUAAAGGCAGAAAAAUAUUCUGCAGAUGCUUUUGAAGCAGCAACAGCUAUUGGAGUAAUCUUGUAUGACAUUCCUGAUUGCUCACAGAAGCAUUACAAAAUAGAAAAGUCACCAGCAAAAGGAGGAGGACCCACCACUCAUACUGUUAGAACAUCUUUUGAAACUGCAUUUGAGGUAGAUAAACAAGUAGCAAGUGCAGUUAAGGCUGCCCUUCUUAAGCUUGCUAAUUGCCCUUCUAUGAACAAAGAUGAAGUCAAGGAACUGCUGCACAGAAUAAGCCAGAACCCUGAAACAGAUGAUAAUCAUCAAGAAAUGUCUGAGUUCUCUUCAGAAUGUGAAUCAGAUACUGCUUCCGAAGCCACAGAGUUAGAAAAAGAAAAGGAAAGGAAGUAUAAAAAGAAGCAGGCGUAUGAAAAGUUUAAUAUGCCAAAUCUUGUGGAAAUGAUGCUGGAAAGGCUUAGAUGUUUGCAAGAAGAUGAACUUGCAUCUCUUGCUACUAUAGUUGCAACGUGUGGGUUGAACGCUGCUCUAGCUGAAGCGGAAAACAGCAAAGUGCAUGUUUCAGGGUCUGCUGCUGAUGACAGAUCAGAAUUAUCUGUAGGAGACGGAACAGUUAAGGGCGCUGAGGAACUUCCAAGCCUGGAUAAGUUUCUAGUUAAGCGGUUAACUAGACUUGAAAGGGAGGUAUUAGAAGCCAAAAAUGCUAGAAGUGAAGCUGGGGAAAGAAGUGAACAAAGUCAAAAUGAAUCUUGUCAUAAAGUGAUUCAUUCGAGAUACCAUACAAAUUCAAGCCAUGAUCUGGCAAGUAUUCUUAAGAAACCAUCUUUUUCAAAAUUUGAGAAGGAAAUUGAAGAGGCCAAGAACAACUCCGAAACUUUGGUAAGAACCAAGUGUAAAGCUUCAGAUAAUUCAUCUGAGGUUCCAAGCCUGGACAAGUUUUUGGUGAAGCGAUUAACGAGAUUUGAAAGGGAGGUUUUAGAAGCCAAAAAUGCCAGGAGUGAAGCUGGGGAAAAAUGUGAAAGAACACGAGAUAAGUCUAGUGAUAAAGUGGUUCACGCAGACUACCCUACAGAUACAGGCAAUGAUCUGGCAAGUAUUCUCAAGAAGCCUUCUUCAAAAUUUGAGAAGGAAAUUGAAGAGGCCAAGAACAACUCCGAGACGUUGUUAAAAAACAAGUGUAAAGCUUCAAAUAGCAAUGUGCAUUCAUUUGAGGUUCCUGACUUAGGCAGUGUGUUGGUUAAGCACUCUUCAAAGCUUGAGAAAGAUAUUGAAGAGGCUAAGAGGAAGAAUGAAAAACUUAGUGAAAUAGAGGGCAAGAAUUCGAAUAGAUUGGGUACUGUGGCAAUUGGUCGAAGAAAGAAACAUGAAAUGGAUGUUCCUAGUUUAGAAGAUUAUCUGGUGAAACAUAUGACCAAACUUGAAAAGGAAAUUCAAGAAGCAAAAAAUAGGGAAAACACUGCUGACCCUAAUGCCAAUGUGUCUGAGACUACCUCAUUGGUAGGAAAAGAAAAUGUUGACCACAAUGUAAAUUCUUGUAAUGGAAAACAACCAUCAAAGCCAGCAGACACAUUAUCAUUUGAGGUUGAAAACAAAGAAGCUGUGGAUAGUCUGGACAAGAUUCUAGUAAAGCCAGUUCAUCGUCUACAAAGACUUAAAAUGCAAGAAUCAUCAACAAGAAGAGACUAUCGUGCACAGAGGACUCAAAGAAAGAUUGAAGCUAAUAGUGCCACUGAUAGCGAAGGUUUGGACAAGAUUUUAGUGAAGCAUGUUUCAAAGCUUGAAAAAGAGAUAAUGUCUUUUCAUUCAAAGGAAGACAAUUUGCUGAAUGUAAAGAAAAGGGACACCAUUGGAAAACAGUUGCAGAACAAUGAAGGCAGUUUGGAUCAGAUUUUGGUGAAACACAAGUCGAGACUUGAGAGAGAAAAGAUGGCUGCUAUUCAGCCAGAGGAUGAUGAUGAUCAGGUAAGACAUUCAAUUACUCGGAAAGCUAUAAGGGAGAGGGAGUUGCAAGAAGCUUGGGGAGGCUUAAGUCUUGGGAACUCUAUGCGUCCUCGUAUGUCUAGACUUCAGAGAGACAAGGCUGCCUGGCUUAAAGCUGAAGAAGAAGAGAGGAAGGGAACCGUGGAGGAGGCGUGAA